AAUAAGGAUCUUUAGAUUGACACAGGCACUGAUGGCGAGUACUAGGGUUAGGGCGAGAGGCGACGCGUCUUGGGGCAGCGGCAGCAGGCGGCAAGGGUACAACCGGAGGUUCGCGGAGUAUGGGUACUGGCGAAAGGGACAGGUGGAAUCGUUCUUCUUCUACAAUUUUCCAGAGAGUUGGGAUGCAAAGGCUAUGUGGCAUCGUUUUCAGGAGUAUGGAAAGGUGACUGAUGUGUUUGUGCCAGGGAAGAGGGAUAGAAGGGGGAAACGGUUCGGCUUCGUUAGGAUGGAAGGGGUGCAAGAUGUGAAACAAGUGGAGGAGAAGCUGAAUAGGAUAUGGAUUGGAUCGUAUAAGCUAAGGGUUAGAUUAGCGGUAGAUAGGGGACAGCAUCGGCUGAGUAUUCAGGGGAAGGCAGGAGUGCAGGUAAAUAUUAGAGAACAAAGAUAUGUACAACCAGGGAAGUCCUUUGUUCAGGCAGUUCUGGGUCAUUCUUCGAAGGCAGGGGAGGAUCAGGCUCUAAUUAAGACAGUUGACGGGCUGCCGAAAGGAGAAGCAGUGGAUAGAGUCUCUAGCAAUCAGAUGAUGCCGGAAAUCCCUGCAGUGAGUGGUGCAGCAAUUAAGACGGGAAAUGUAAUGGUGGAGAGUAUGAGGGAGGAGAUCAUUGAAUUUGCUCCAUUACAUGAGGAAAAGCAGUGGUUGGAGGGGAGUAUGGUGGCAGUGGUAAGAUCAAUGUCACUGAUCUCUACUAUUCAAGAGAGAAUAGAUGUGGACGGAGGUUUGAUCAAUAUCUCACCACUGGGUGGCCGGAGUUUAUUGCUUACUGAGCGUUCGAAGGGAGUCUUGGGUGAGUAUCUACAACAACAUAAGGAUUUAUUUGAUCUUUGGUGUGAGGAUAUUAAUCCAUGGGCAAUGGCUACACAGCAGAGUGCUCGUAUGGUUUGGCUACGAGUUUCGGGAGUUCCGUUGAAAGCAUGGUGUGACCGAUGCUUUGAGACGAUAGGAAGUUCUGUAGGGGAAGUGUUAAAGGUGGAGGAUGAGAUGUUUGAGGUCAGGAUAGCGGAGGAAGAAUGGCGCGCCGACCCGGACUGGUGGUUGGCUGAUGAAGAUCGACGGGAUGCGCCGGAAACAGAAUCGGAGUCAGGUUCCGAAUUUUUCUUGUCGGUUAAUGGUGAGGAGGAUCAUGAAUUAAGGCUUGACGUGAUUCGUGGCACUGAUGAAGAUGAUAGUGAUGAGGAUCGGUUACACGAGGAGGGGAUUUUGUAUUCAAACCCAGUUGACGGACAGGCUGGCAACGAAGUGGGUAGAGAAAAGGAGGAUGGGCCAGAUGGGCCUGGAGUUGAAACGGGCUUGAAGGAGCCUUCGUGUGAAAGGCUAGAAGUUGAGAAGGGGAGGGGCCCGUGUGUAAGUGGGCUUGUAGUGCAGGAAACAGGGCACCCGGUGCAGCAGGAUAUGGGUAAAACAGGGGAGAUGUAUGAGACAGAGCAAAAAGAAAUUAGCUCUGCUCGGUUGUUGGGAUUUAGGGAUUUCAGAGAGAAAAGGAAAAAAGAUCUAAGAGAGUGCUAUUCGAAAGAAAAAGAAGCUAGCCGUGAAGGAGGAGAGUGGGGUUCCAAAAAGCUGAAGUGUAAUUUUGUCAAUGUUUAUGCACCAACAGAUAGACAUAAGAAAGUGAGGCUGUGGGCAGAACUACGACAAAGAAUAAUGGAUGAGGAAGGUAGAUGGCUGAUUGUAGGAGAUUUUAAUGCUGUGAGGUGUAUAGAAGAAAGGAGAGGUAGGACAGGGGAGUCUCCAGAUAUGAAGGAAUUCAACAAUUUCGUAGUGUCAACUGGGCUGGUGGAUCUUAAAUUGUCAAAUAGGCGAUUUACAUGGUAUAGGCCUGAUGGAUCAUCUAUGAGUCGUUUGGAUAGGGCAUUAUUGUCAGGACCAAAACCAUUUCGAGUCCUUGAUGCAUGGCAACAGCACCCGCAGUUCAAGAAGGUGGUGGAGGAUAAAUGGAAGGAUCUUAAGGUGGAGGGGUACGCUGGAUACAGAUGCAAACAGAAGUUGAAGUGGUUGAAAGAAUUCUUGAAAGGAUGGAAUAAGGAGGUGUUCGGGAACAUGGAAUCCGAAUUCCAAAAUGUUGCUCAUAAAGUGGCCCAGAUUGAUAUGAAGAAUGAAAUGAGGGAGCUGGCGGACAGAGAAGUGAUUCAACGGAAGGAAGGUUUUCAGGAGAUAUGGGAAAUAUUGAGGAAAAGGGAGGCUAUAUGGAGACAAAAAUCUAGAAGUGAGUGGGUUAAGCUGGGUGAUCAGAACUCAAGAUUCUUUCACAAAAUGGCUAAUGGAAGGAAAGCCCAGAAUAGCAUCCCGGGUUUAUUGUGUGAUGGUAGAUGGGUGGAGGAACCAGAUAUGGUAAAGACAGAGGUGUUUAAUUUUUUCCGGAACAUGUUUCAGGAGGAACAUUGGAACCGACCCAAGCCAACGAACCUAGUAUUCAAGAGGAUUUCUGAUGAGCAGAGACUGUGGCUUGAACGACCUUUUUCCGAUGAGGAGAUCGAAGAAGGGCUAAAGAGCUGCGCUGGCGGUAAAGCGCCAGGACCUGACGGGUAUAAUUUUAAUUUCCUUAAGCUAUUCUGGAACUGUAUUAAGGAAGAUUUUGUUAACUUCUUUCGGGAAUUCCAUCAGCAUAGUAGAUUGGUGAAGGGGUUGAAUUCUUCUUUUCUUGCAUUGAUUCCUAAGAAGUUGAGCACUAGGGAGUUAAAAGACUUUAGGCCUAUUAGUUUGAUUGGUUGCAUGUAUAAAUUGCUGGCUAAAGUAUUGGCUAAUAGGCUUAAGGUAGUUAUGCCAGAGAUAAUUGGAGAAGCUCAAUCCGCUUUUGUGGGGGGGCGACAAUUAGUGGAUAGUGUCCUGGUCCUAAACGAGGUGGUUGAUGAGGUUCGGAUUAGGAAGAAAUCAGCUUUUCUGUUCAAGGCAGAUUUUCAGAAAGCAUAUGAUUGUGUUAGUUGGUCGUUUUUGGAUGGGAUGAUGGAUGGGUUUGGUUUUGGGGCCAAAUGGAGGGGAUGGAUUAUGGAGUGUCUCUCAACUGCUAGAGUUUCAGUGCUGGUUAAUGGAAGCCCGACAGAGGAAUUCGAUGUGGAGAAAGGGCUAAGGCAAGGGGAUCCUUUGUCCCCUUUCCUAUUUUUGAUGGUGGUGGAAGGCUUAAAUGGGUUGGUCAAAAAAGCAGAGAAUGAGGGGUUACUACAUGGUAUUGAAGUUGGUAAAAAGGGGUUGGUGGUUUCUUUGUUACAGUUCGCGGACGAUACAGUUUUUCUGGGUCGUCUCACGUUGCUUAAUUCGGUACUUUCUGCACUUCCUACUUUUUUUAUGUCUUUGUUUUUAAUGCCAAAGUCUGUGCUUGACCAAUUGAUUAAGAUUCAAAGGGAUUUUUUAUGGGGUGCAACGGCGAAUAAGAGGAAGAUAGCAUGGGUGAAAUGGGAUGCGAUCUGUUGUAGUAAGGAGAAAGGAGGACUAGGUGUUCCGGAUAUGCGUAGGAGGAAUUGGGCGUUGUUGGGGAAAUGGUGGUAUAGGUUAGGAGAUGGAAGGGAGGGGUUAUGGAAGAGGGUAGUGAAAGAUAAAUACUAUGGCGGUGAAGGGGAGGUUAGUUUAAUAGAUGUGGAUACUUUGAGGUUGUCUAAAAUCUGGGGAGACAUCUUAUGCAUAAGUGGGCAAUCAGCGAAGUUAAAAAAUAUGUUGGUGAAGGGGUUUCGAUGGGAGGUGGGGGACGGAUGUCGGGUGGGUUUUUGGAGAGAUAUGUGGGUGGGGAACAAAGCUCUGCGAGAUUCGUUCCCAAGACUCUUCCAGUUAGCAGAAAAUAAGGAUGGCAAGGUUAGGGAGAAUGGGUCGUGGGAAGGGGAUAGAUGGCACUGGGUUAUGAAAUGGCGGAGAGAGAGAAGGGGUCGCGAGAAGGAUGAGGAGAAGAAGUUACGGGAGGUGUUGGGUAGUGUACAGAUUCGGCAGACUGAAGUAGAUAAUUGGCAGUGGACUUUUGAUGUAGGAGGUAGAUAUACUGUGAAGACCGCAUAUGAUCUUUUAGACUCGGUGGAUUCCUUGCUUGAAGGCCAUUUGUGCAAAUUAGUGUGGUGUGAGAUGGUGCCAUCAAAAGUGAGUAUUUUUGGGUGGAGGCUUUGCCUUGACAGAUUGCCAACUAGGUGGAAUUUGCAAAAGAGAGGGAUGGUGCUCCUAGGCGAUGGCAUGAAAUGUGGACUUUGUCAGGAGGGUGUGGAGGAUGUAGAUCAUCUAUUCUGCACAUGUAAGUCAGCUUGGCUAGUGUGGGUUAAGGUGAUCCAGUGGUGGGGCUUGGAGGUUGUGAUGCCGGAUAAGGUGAGGGGUGUGGUAGAUUUUUUCAUUUGGUGCAUGGGAAGCUUGGUGGGUAAGAAGAUGGGAGCAUGUAUAUUUCUUGUUGUUGCGUGGUAUAUAUGGUAUUGGAGGAACGUCUUGGUUUUUCAGCAGCAUGGGGAUAUCAGGGAGCAAUUGUUAGAAUUAAUUCAAGAUAAAUCCUAUUUAUGGAUCAGAAACAAGGUAGAGGGGUCUGUUUUUUCUUUUGUUCAGUGGCAAAAAAAUCCAGUGGAAUGUGCAAGGGAACUGACCCGGUACAAGAGGUCUUUGAAGGUGUUUAAGCAGCAACAGGGGAGACGUAUUCAUCCUGGCUUGCCUGAGGCUGAGAUGUAAAGUGCAGAGCAUGGGGUGCGGCUUGAUUAGUUAUAUUGAGCUGUUUUAUCUUUUUCUUUGUGCUGUUGGCUGUCUUUAGAUUAUGGACUGUUUGGGUUGUGAAGUUCCUUUUAAGUGUAUAAGGGCAGGAGCACCCCUUGUGCUCCAUUAAAAAAUUAAUAAAUAAUUUUCUUUGCU